AUCAACUCAGAACCAAAUAGCCAUCUUUGGGACUUAAGGAACACUUGUCUUUCCAGUUGAUAUCAGAGUGAGGCUGAUUGGACGGGAUGGCCUCUAGUGUGGAGAAGUCCAAAAACUUCCGUAUUGAGGCACUACUGGCUGAAGAUGUGGUGCGGAGACCAGACAGUGACAAUGCCUCCCAUGAGGUGAUCUACACUGGGAGUCCCAUCGGGAGUCCGCUGUCUAGCCGUGGCUCCGAGACACCCUCACCUCGGCCAGGCAAUGACAACCAAGUCCAGCCGGGAUUGACGUCCAACAUCUCUCUCUAUAACUUGUCGCAGGCGGGAUUCACCACAAUGCACGUUGGGGGAUUCCUAGGAGUGCACUCAAGAUCCAUGUACCCCCCAGGCACCAUUGGAGCCCAGCCACCGGCCUUCAUGUACCCUGGCUUCUCGCAUCUGGUACAUCCGUACCCGGGGCAUCUGAAGGGGGGCAGCAUGGCCGCAGGGCACGCAUUAGAUCCCUGGAUCAGAGCAGGGAUGAUGUUCCCAACAGUCGGAGAAUAUGGAGCACAAGCCCAAACCGGUUUGCUGGGGAAGUGUCGGAAGCCCAGGACAGCUUUUACCAGUCAGCAGCUUUUGGAACUGGAAAACCAAUUCAAGCUCAACAAAUACCUGUCCAGACCAAAACGCUUUGAAGUGGCCACUUCACUUAUGCUGACAGAGACCCAGGUUAAGAUCUGGUUCCAGAACAGACGGAUGAAGUGGAAGAGAAGUCGUAAAUCGAAGGAGCAAGCAAGCCCAUCAUCUCCACUGACCGACAGUGAAAAAGCUGACAGUGUCAAACUUCAGGUUGACUCUCAUAGCUCCAGCUUGGAGGAUGAAUACGAGCUGGAGGGAGAGGAAGAAAAUGAGGACACGAGUGUGAUGCCAUGUUCUCUUUUAAGGCUUGCCGGCGGAGCAACAGGGAACUACAGUUCCUUUUUACAAAAAGAGCUGGAGGAGGAAAGAAAUGGGGUUUUGCCUUAAUACAUGUUUUAUGGUUUGCAUUUCAGAAGACAAUGCACAAUGGAAACUGUAGUGCACAAACAUAUUAUUUAUUUCAACCAAUUGCUGAGCACCCAAACAGGUAAAUGGGAAGUAUUUACAUGCACAUUAUCAGCCAGGGGAAACGUGUUUUACAUCAUGACCACUUAGAUACUGCCACUUUCAAUGGUUGAACAACCUGCAAUAUUACUAAAUCAUGACUUCAGACUCCAUAAAUGUUUCCGACAUGAAGGACUUUCAUAUGAACAAUAAAUAUAAAUAUAUACUGUAUCUUUAAAUGUAUUUAAGUUGCGUAUAUGGAGCGAGACAUAGCAACAGCAUUUCACUUUUGCUUUUUUUGGCUGGUUUUGAAACUAAUUACACAUUCCCCCGUUUUCAUAAAUCGGUUUACGAUGGACAUGUUUGUCACAUUGCUUUUUCUAUCUUCAAGUUGUAUGAAUUGAAUGUGAAUUGAAUAGCAUCACAGGCUCACACACAAGAGUCAAUGCAUGUUAACAUGCUUGGUGCGCUACAUUGAAAAAAAUGCAUUGGUCGUCCCUCGCCACAUUGCGCCUCACAUUUGCGGCAUAACUCUAUCACCAUUGAAUGUCUCAGCUUCAGGCAACAUUACAUUGGAUUGAAUAAAUGUAAUAGUAACAAUGUGGGUGUUAUUUAAUUUCUAGAGGGCUCUUAUAAUGUUACAAAACGGUAAUUGGAAGGUCAUAAACAGUUUUUUAAUGGCCUUGCUAUUUAUAUAUUGGAUAUAUAAUGAAUAAUUCCUACUUUGCGGAAAUGUAUUUUCCACGGUCAGGCCCGGAACCAGUUAACAGCGAUAAACAAAGGAUUACUGUAUUUACUUAUUCCCUGUAUUUUGAAAAUGUUGUUCGGUGUGAGUUUGUCACAAUAAUUCAAGAGUCAUAUAAUUUAAUAUAUUUCACCUCAAAAAUGUGAUUUUAAUUAAUGCCAUUUAUUCAUUGAAUAAAGUUGAAAAACAUGUGGU